AUGUCCCCUCCAACUCACAUAGCAGCGCCCCUCUCUCUACCCAAUCAGGAGAUUCUCCAACCUCCACCCCCUUCACACCACCUUUCAGCCUCAGACGACCUAAUAACCCGCUUCCACCUGCACGACUCGUAUCGCAUCUUACUCCACCCAUUCCGCAAGGACCUCCAUCAUCAGCCGCGCGACACCACCGUCCCCACCACCAAGGCCGAAGCAGGGCCCAGCACGCCGACCAGGCCCACCUCAGGAGAAGCAACUGGAGGACCUAGUGACACGCGGCAGCAGCACCAGCAAUCCUACACCCUCCCAAAGACAUUCGCGCAUUACCUUCCCCCCUCACUCCCGGGCAAAGUGCGACCACCUAAGCCCCCGAGGAAGAAUCAGAUCCUCGCCCGUCGCGCAGCAGCUCAAGCGCUUGAAGGUGGUGGGCAGCAGCUCGGCGGCGGUGGGGAACAGCAAGGAGGAGGUCCCGACUCAUCCGCGUCCGGCUCGUCAGCGGAACGUAAGCUUGCUCGACAGCAUGCAGAGUGGGAGAAGGCGAGCAGUACGUUGCGCCGUGUGGUUUACAAGGCAGAGUAUAGCGGUCCGAGUGAGAUGAGGACGUGGGGGGAGGGAGAGGAAGGGAUGCGUGGCUUUUUGGGCUUGGAGGCCGGGGAUGUUGAUGAGAUCGAUCGGUCGCUACUGGAGGCUGAUGCCCCGACUGGAUCGACACCGCCGAGGAAGAAGAAGAGAAAAGGGCAGCACGGGAAUCAGCAGCAGCAGCAGCAGCUGAAGGCAGGUCAGACAAGUUGA